AUGGUAGGUUUCAGAGGAAUGCUGAUCCCACCCCCGCCUCCAGGUAUGUCUGCACGCGGCCUGCUUCAGCGAGAGGAACGUCUUCGUCGAUUAGGCUUUACGCUCCACCGGAUGCAGGUCAGAGCUUUAACAGCUGAGAGACACCGAGCGAUUGAGCAGUCUUACCCUGUCGUGUCUGGCACACCCAGGAGGUCCAUUUCUGAGGAACUAGUUGCACCAGCUGCUCCUCUAAAGUCCUCUCCAGAAUGGCAAGAAAGAGUGCAGGAAUAUUUGCGGCGACGGUAUGCACGGCCUGUUAGCUGCACACCAACAGAAAUUAGGAGCCACUACGCCGGGGUUUUUGGGAAUGAUUCCAGUUCUGAGUCAUGCAUUAGCCGUUUUAACGAACUUGGCGUGCCCAAGGAAUUUCCUGCAUUCUAUGGUGUCCACUGCGAACAGCCAAACCUUGCUCUUAAUGCUCGGGACUUUCACUUGUAUCCUGCGUCUCCCACAGAGUUCCCAGUUGAACCCUGCUCAAGUCAGAGAGACACAGAGUCUGCAGUCAUGGCAACUAACCCCAAGGAAUUUGACUUCGCAGCAAUAAGGCAACGCUGCAACGAACAGAUUCAGGCCCGCGUAGAAAGACGUCUGUUUACUCAACCGUCCUCUUAG